GAUUGAUCAUGACGAAUAUUUCGCAGGAGACAAGAUAACUUGCGUGUAUAAUACGACAUCAUUGAAUAGCAGGACUGAAUCGAAGACAGGCUUUUGACAGAUCUAGCGGGAUUAGUUAAUCCGAAGUAAUCAAUGAAACAUGGAAUUGUGUAAACUUUCACGGCUGUUAAUCGGUCUCGCUGUAACCCUGAUGUUGAUGGAGCCUGGCGGUGAAGCAGGCGAGGAAGGACAUUAUUCCAAACGGAUGCACGUUAAUGGACAACAGUAUUCGAUUGCCUCUCUGGACAGAACCAGAAGAUUUGCCAACAGGACACCUUACAUCAGAAGGUUCAUGACAGAUCACAACGGUGGGACCAUCCAACUGACUGAGAGGGCCGAGUUGCUUUCACUCGCCCGGAAUGGUGGCCCGUUCCCCGCAAAGUGGAGAAGUUCCGUUACUGUCCGCGCACCGAAGGGCCAUGUGGUUAGAGUCCAGUUCCUCAAUGUUAGACCCCCUUCGAUCCCGGGGAUAUGCAACCAAAGGAUGUUUCUUUUUGAUGGUCACGACACCCUCUUUUCACGGAUGAUACACGAAGCAAUGAGACCACUUUGCGGUGAUUCAGCGCCAUUCAACGACUUCAUCAGUUCCGGCCAACCAAUGACAUUGCAGUUCGUCAGCGACGGGCUGGCGCUGCCGAAUGAGCAUGGGUUUACUGCCUCUCUCACACCAAUAAGGUUGCUUGGUUGCCUGGAAAGCGACUUCCACUGCAACAAUGGUUACUGUAUCAACACGUACCUACGUUGUGAUGGCUACAACAACUGUGGGGACCGCUCGGAUGAGCUCGGAUGUUUUGCUUCAAAGAUUUCUGGCUCAAUCACCACAGCAAUGACAACCCUGAGUUACCUUGAGUGGACCAUUAUCACCUUGGGGUGCGUUGGUGUUGCGAUUUUAAUCAUCAUGCUUAUCUGGUAUAUCGUGAGCGAUAGAGCCAAGGACGAUUACCAGCAAAUUGAUUCACCUGGCAAGGAGAAAUGGAAUCCAAAUUAUUAUCAGUAGAAUUGCCUGCCACCAACCGAUGACCGUAAUUGUAAUGGUCACCAAGGGGAUUAUGACCAUUGCGUUAUUUAGACCCUACUACCGCAAUGAACUCAGAAAUGUGACCCGAUCACAUUUACCAAAAGAUAGUGGUGUAGUGCACAACACUAGAUUAUCAGGCCUUAACAAUGCUCUUUCACAGUGUCAGCUAAUAUCGGUAAACUAUGACACCGGGCUGUGUAACAUUACUAUUUUAAUACAGUUUAGUGACAGGAGUUCAGCCACGUACCUUUGAACAGAUACAUGUAUAUAACAUUUUACUCACGACUGUCAGUCAAGCUACUACAUUGUAACAUCAUAUACCGGUACUCAAUAAAGGAACUGCCCAAAGAAA